ACGGAAAUGUGGCUGAAACAGUCGACUCUGGGGCUGCUCACAGUGGCAGCCAUGGUGGUCUCAGGUGGACAAAAUGUGAUUCUGGAUGGAGAACAGAGAAAAGUGGAUGUUCCUUUUGGUUCCUCUCUGAAACUGGGCUGCCAUUUGAACACGGAGGUGUGCACCAAACCAGUCAAGCAGUCUCGUCUGGAUUGGUUCUUCAUCCCAUCUGGAUCAAUAGACAACGCUACAAUCAACAUCAAUAGCAGUAUGGAGUUUAACUUCACGGCUAGGUGGCAAGACCUACCAAAUGUUACCCAGAACAACAGCGGAUGGUACUUUUGUAAAGUCACUGUGGAGAUUCCCUGCAGUAAAGAUAUUAAGAGCAAGGGAACACAAAUAGCUAUUUCUAACCCAGAAGAGCCCCAAGCCAUCCCCUUGUGGAUGUGGCUCCUGUUGGGGGGAUUAACUUUCAUCCUGAUCGUCCUGCUGUUCAUAUGUGUGAUGUUGAGAAGGAGAUGCCGCAGAAGGAGGGCAGAAGAUCAGAUCUACGCAAACACUCAUCCUGUGGCCAACAAGCAGCCGUCACCUCGGCCUUCUCUGCCUCUGGACAGCCUGAAGACACGUUCGUCCACUGAUGACUUCUGGACCCCGAAAUCCAACAGGAUAUACGCCAACGGCAAAUGGAAGCAGAAAAAUUGAGGAGGUCAAGGAGCUUUUAACUGUAUAUUUGUGCAUUUUAUGUAGAUUCAUUCUUUCAAGUAGCACCCAUUCAGUAAAAUAGCUAUAAUAAGCCACAAGGUGGCAGAUCGUGCAUUCUGUCCACUUAAAACUGUUAUUUUUUCUUUUCCUAUAUUUUUGAAUACUUGACUAUGUUGCCAGUAAUUUUGCAUUGUAAAUAAGUGCUUUAUUUAGGGUUAGUUAUGUAGUGA